UGUUAUGGGUGUGAUACCGAAGUGUACGUUUCUGGGGAAUGGCGAAAUAGGAAUAUAAAUGAAUGAAUGCAAACAUGACAUAUCUAGCAUCAGGAUACCAGGCGCUAAACCUCGACGACGAUGAUGACGAACCUAACGGCGAAGAAGACGAGUCGAUGGACGUCUCGAGUACGAGCCGAAGUGGGGACGACGAAGUGUAUGAACUAAUUCAUGAUGAAAAUGAUGAUGACGAUGAUGUUACCCCUGUAGAUAACGAUCCUCCGCCUAUUGACAACAUUACGGAGGGUACUGACACAGUACAGUCUACAAACGACGACAGUACAGACGACAGUGUCAUCGUAAUUUCUGAUGAUUCUGACGACGGCGGAGAAACUAUUACAAAAAAAGACGACGACGAAUGCGUCUGCGAGAAGAAAGUUGAACAUUCAAAUGCCGUUGAGGGAGAUCCCCUCACGGGCGGUGAACAGGAACAUUUUGAAUAUGACCAGCCUAAACGAAGAGAACAGUCCACACAGGUACAGGCACCGGAUAUUAUACAAGACCUAAACGCCCGGGAAGUUCGGUGGUUCUACAGAGAAAACAAGGAAGAUAGAAAAUGGACUCACUUCAUAGGUUACGACUCCCUGCGAGUCGAAUGGAAAUAUCGAGAAAUACACUUCCACAACACAAAGACUCAUGAUACUAUUGAAAUGAUAAUUGUCAGAGGUGGUCUUUAUGAAGUUGAUGUUGUAACCAAAAAAUGCUACCCAAUUUACUGGGAAGCUGAGGCAGUUGAUGUAAUGCGAGGUACUUGGUUCGUUGAUGGAACCUGGCAACCCAUUGAUGAAUCAAUGGCAGAAGAAUUAGAGGAGUCUCAUCUUGAGAAGUUCCGUGGCCAAAACAAAAAUGAACCUCCAGAAACGUUAAACAUCAAAGGAAAAGUACCUAUUUUACAUAACAUAAGGUUCAAGGACAGCCAUGUAGAUUGGAACAGUUUGACUGAAAUCUACUUUUAUAGCGACAAAACCAGCUCCAAGCUAGCUAGGUCGAUUGGAACAAGCAUUGGUUUGUCAAAAGCGUCUUCCAGUGGUACUAGAUUGCAUCGUGGUUACUGUCUAGAGGCAGCACUUGAUGACAAGCCACCACCUAUAUCUCAUCUUGUAUUUGUCAUUCAUGGUAUAGGACAAAAAAUGGAUUCUAGUUGUAUCAUUAAAAGUUGUACUGAUUUAAGGACAACAACACAGAAAAUGGUCGCCAAGCAUUUUCCUAGUCUUGCAAGUGCCACGUCAACUAAGAGAGUUGAAUUCCUCCCAGUCGAAUGGAGAUCAGUACUCAAAUUGGACGGUGAUAUGGUCGACUGUGUCACGCCGCACAGAUUACGAGGACUUCGUAGUGUGCUGAAUUCAAGUGCAAUGGACAUCAUGUAUUAUACCAGUCCUUUAUUUAGAUCUGAGAUUGUGAGAGGUUUACAGAGGGAGCUCAACAGGUUGUAUAAAAUGUUCUGUGAGCGAAAUGAAGGGUUUGAAGCAAAUGAUGGGCGUGUGUCAGUUAUAUCACAUUCGCUGGGUGCCGUGAUCGUGUAUGAUAUUUUGACAGGAUGGAAUCCGAUACACUUAUACGACCAGUACUUGAUACAUGAACAUGCUGCGCAUCCCGAUUUAGAUACGGUAGAUAAAGAACACGAGGAGCUUGCCCGGGAGUUGAGUCGUGUCCGAGAGAGAGUGGGUGAAUUGGAAAGCCAGUUAUUAAGCACAAAUCAAGUAGCUGCUGUCACCAGAAUGCCAACUUUGAAUUUUAAAGUUGAUAACAUGUUUUGUCUUGGUUCACCUCUGGCUGUGUUCUUGGUAAUGAGAGGUGUACGUCCACAUGGCAAAGGCAAACAAGACAUGAUACUACCAAAAUCUCAGUGUAAAAGACUUUUCAAUAUCUACCAUCCAGCAGAUCCAGUGGCUUACAGAAUUGAACCCCUUCUCAUAAAACACUACUCGACCAUAAUGCCGUUGAAGAUCAACAACAGCGAUGCAUUGAAACAGAAGAGAUAUUCAAAAAUGACGAUGAUGGCGUACCCGUCAGCGAAAGAUAAACCCAAAGAAAUGAUCUCCAGUGGUGCCUCUGCCAUGAUGCAGGAUGUUACCAUCAUUGACUCUGGUCCUAAAAAGGUCCACGUCAAAAAAUCAAGUUUCUGGAGCAAAUGGAGCAAAAAGACUGAGAAUGUGGAGACUGAUCCGCAGUUACAAGUCUUGGAAAGUAUGAAGGAGAUAGCUGCCAAAGAUGAGGUUGAAGUGGUUGAGAAGGGAGUCCCAGUCAGUGUUGAAAGUGUUGAACUGGAAUAUCGCAUUGAUUUUGAAUUGCGGGAAGGUAGCAUGGAGAACGCCUAUAUAUCGGCCUUGACCUCGCAUACAUCAUACUGGACUUCGGCAGACGUGGUAUUGUUUGUGCUUGCCCAUUUGUUUCCAGACUAUAUGAUAAACAACGAGUCAUAA